AUGCCAAGUUUUGUUAUGAGCCAGGAAUCGUUUGAUGAAAAGAGUGUCCCGGUUGAGCUGAAGAAAAACGGAUCCAAGUUGGAAGUUUUGCAAACGACGAAACUAAGACAUUUACCACUGAUAGAGGGCUGCGAUUCUGAUUAUGUGCAAUUGCAAGCCAUUAACAAACAAAUAAGUCGAGCUAGACGAGUUUUGGUGCUCACAGGAGCAGGCAUAUCGUGUAAUGCUGGGAUUCCGGAUUUUAGAUCAUCCAGUGGGUUAUAUGAGCUGGUCAAGCGUCAGUAUCCUGAUGCAAGCAUAAGGUCGGGCCAGGAGAUGUUCGACAUAUCGUUGUUCCGUGAAGAAAACAAAAUUCCGGUGUUUGCCAGUUUCAUGGAAAAGCUCUACAGCAGUGCAAGAGUAGCACAACCAACCAAAACACACCGAUUUAUAGCCCAUUUGAAGAACAGGGGGAAACUGCUUCGAUGCUACACGCAAAAUAUUGAUGGCUUAGAAGAGACUCUGGGUUUAGAAGUAUCGUCAGAGCGCGAUGACAGCUCGACAAUGGCCAACCAGUGGAAAAACUUGGACGUGGUACAGCUUCACGGCGAUCUUAACAAGCUCAGCUGUACUCAGUGUUUUGCGACGUGUGACUGGAAUAGAAUGCUGUCUAGGACGCUCCGGAGCGGUCACCUUCCCAAUUGCCCACGUUGUCAAGAUACUAAUCAUCAAAGAUCGCUUCAAGGAAAGCGCAAUACCGGAUCCAUUGGGCUUCUGAGGCCCAACAUUGUUCUUUACGGUGAAAACCAUCCAAGUUGUGAGUUCAUAACACAAGGGCUGAACAUAGACCUCGCCAGAGGGCGACCAGACCUAUUUUUCAUUAUGGGGACGAGUCUUAAGGUCGAUGGAGUGAAAAAACUGGUCAGAAAUAUAAGCAAGCAGGUACACGAGCGUAACGGGCUAGUUAUUCUCAUCAACAAGACCAAAAUCGGCGAUUGCAAUUGGCACGGCAUCAUAGACUAUCAGAUUUUAUCUGACUGCGACGAUUGGGUUGAUCAUUUACAAGAAAGCAUCCCAGACCUGUUUAAGACACAACAACAGAUCGAAAAAGCCAAACAGUUGAGAAGAGAAAAUAGCGAACUUCGCAAGCGCCAGAGACAAGAAAGAAAGCUAACACCACCGUCGUCACCUAGUAAGCGCAAAAAAGCUCUCUCAUCAAAAUCACCAGAAGGUCCUCCUAGUCCACAAAGUACCUCAUCGGAGACAUCGUCAUCAUCAUCAUCAGUGCAUUUAAAAACAGAGGCAAGCGAAAUUGUAUUCAAGCUUGCUCUCGAUGAGGCCAGGGCACAGCCUUGCAGCAUAUCCGAUGUCAGCUCACUUCCGUCUUUGCAGAAAGAAGAGUUGCUAUCGAACGACACAGACACCACACUUGAGGGAGAGCUCACAGAAGUUGAUGAUGAGGAUUUGAACCCACCACUGUACUCAGACUCCAAAGAAGCACCCCUCGCAGCAGCUAGAUAG